AUGAACUGCAUAUCAGACUUCUUCACCUACGAGACCACCAAGUCAGUGGUCGUGAAGAGCUGGACCAUUGGGAUCAUCAACAGGGCAGUUCAGCUUCUGAUCAUCUCCUACUUUGUGGGAUGGGUUUUCUUGCACGAGAAGGCAUACCAAGUGCGGGACACAGCCAUUGAGUCCUCGGUAGUAACCAAGGUGAAGGGCUUCGGACGCUAUGCCAACAGAGUCAUGGAUGUGUCUGAUUAUGUGACCCCACCCCAGGGCACCUCCGUCUUUGUCAUCAUCACCAAGAUGAUCGUUACUGAAAACCAGAUGCAAGGAUUCUGCCCAGAGAACGAGGAGAAGUACCGCUGCGUGUCCGACAGCCAGUGUGGACCAGAGCGCUUCCCUGGUGGGGGGAUCCUCACUGGCCGCUGCGUGAACUACAGCUCUGAGCUCCGGACCUGCGAGAUUCAGGGCUGGUGCCCCACCGAGGUGGACACAGUGGAAAUGCCUAUCAUGAUGGAAGCCGAGAAUUUCACUAUUUUCAUCAAGAACAGCAUCCGUUUCCCCCUCUUCAACUUUGAGAAGGGAAACCUCCUGCCCAACCUGACAGCCAGGGACAUGAAGACCUGCCGCUUCCAUCCCGAAAAGGCCCCUUUCUGCCCCAUCUUGAGGGUGGGGGAUGUGGUCAAGUUUGCAGGGCAGGAUUUUGCCAAGCUGGCCCGCACGGGUGGAGUCCUGGGCAUAAAGAUCGGCUGGGUGUGCGAUUUGGAUAAGAGCUGGGACCAGUGCAUCCCCAGAUACUCCUUCACCCGGCUGGACAGCGUUUCUGAGAAGAGCAGCAUCUCCCCCGGGUACAACUUCAGGUUUGCCAAGUACUACAAGAUGGAGAACGGCAGCGAGUACCGCACGCUUCUGAAGGCUUUCGGCAUCCGCUUCGACGUGCUGGUGUACGGGAACGCUGGCAAGUUCAACAUCAUCCCCACCAUCAUCAGCUCCGUGGCGGCCUUCACUUCAGUGGGAGUGGGGACCGUGCUCUGUGACAUCAUCCUGCUCAACUUCCUCAAGGGGGCCGACCAGUACAAAGCCAAGAAGUUUGAAGAGGUGAACGAGGCAACACUAAAGGUCGCCACCCUGGCCAACCCAGAGUAUUCCAGGGACCAGGCCACGGAGGAGAAGCAGUCCACAGACUCAGGGGCCUACUCCAUUGGCCACUAG